AUGCCGGACACUAAAACGUCCCCAUUACCUAGGAGCAACGCCUACAGCCAAGUCGACAAUGAUCUCUGGAUGAUCUAUCGUAAGUACCGACCCAAAUAUCCUCAUUCGCUUUUCCAACGAAUCUACACGUACCACAUAGCGAAUGGCGGCUCCUUUGAUGGUACAGCACACGACGCUGGAUGUGGGCCAGGUAUCACGGCUGAGAUUCUUGCUCUUCAAUUCAAGCAUCUGAUAUGUUCCGACCACUCCGAGUCCGCCGUCGCUGCUGCCCGAGACCAUCUGUUGGGGUCGAAUGGAAGAACAGCCAAUGCCUUAUUCACGUUCAAGGUUUCGAGUGCGGAAGAUAUGUCCUGGAUCGAGCCAGGGACGAUCGAAAUGGUCACCAUGAGCGAAGCUCUGCACUGGACGGAUACUGCAAGGACCCUAGAAGCUGCCCAUCGGGUCCUCAAGUCUGGUGGGACUUUUGCGGCUUGGUACUAUACCCAGCCGAGAUUUCCAGACAGUCCUGCCAUUGAGCGUCUGUUCAGGUCGCUUCAGGGACACUGGUGUAAACUACGGAAAGACUUCAGUGCUGAGAGCGGGCGGACGCUGUGGAUAGAACAGACAGGGUACGAUUGCAUUGCUUUCCCAAAAUCACAGUGGGUAGCGGUCAAUCGCAUCAAGUUCAACACUGGUGACGACCGGGAUAUCUGGAUCCGAGACGACGAUCUAUCUGGCAUGAGAUACGACAGUCGUGUGGCAGAGAGCGAACAUCUCGAGCUGAUCGAGGAUGCUGACUGGACUCAGACCAUAGAUCUUGACUGGAUGCGAGGCUGGUUCCAGAGUCUGUCGCCUCGCGUUGACCAGCGACGUCUCCUGGAGACGCUAGAGCAGCUUGAGAAGGCUCUCGCUCCUUCCGGUCAGUCACGAGCAGUAUGGCCUGUAUCGUUGCUCCUGGCAAGCAAGAGAUAG